AUGCAGUGGGAAACUAUCAAAGAUAUCCUCCGCGACCCUCCCUUUGCACGACUUCAUAAAGAGCCCAUGAAUUACGGAUUACCACGUCCAAAAAUCAAGGAUUUAUCCUUAGACUUGCUGGACGAAUUCAAAGCGAACAUUGUACAAUUCUACGAGAUGAAUCGCGUAUCUGGAACACUUCAAGUCAAGAGAUCAAUCCGCGAGGUCAUCUACAAGGCUGGUCCAGCCAAGAUCAUGCAAACAGGAACAAAGAUGCAAGAAGCCGUCUCCAAUUUAGAUGGAGACAAGAGCAAGGUUGAGUCAAGCUUUACAUGGAUCCAUCUACCUGCUACGAAUUAA